AUGACAACUGGUAUGAAAUAUAACAACAACAAGUCCACUAUCUAUGUUGGUGGACUAGACGAUCAAGUUAAUGAACAAAUAUUACAUGCAGCAUUUAUUCCCUUCGGUGACAUAGUAGAAAUUCAAAUUCCACCGGAUCCGGCAUCUCAUAAUCAACACCGUGGAUUUGGUUUUGUAGAAUUUGAAGAAGCAAGUGAUGCACAAGCUGCAAUAGAUAAUAUGAAUUUAUCAGAACUUUAUGGUAAAGUAGUAAAGGUUAAUUUGGCGAGACCGAUUCGAAUUAAAGAUGGAAGUAUGAGAGCAGUAUGGUCCGAGGAUGCGUGGUUACAAAAGUACGCCCUUAAAUCAGCUGAUCCGAACGUACCUUAUGAAUCAGAUGAAGAGCAAGAUGAACAAGAUGAACAAGGAGAACAAGGAGAACAAGAACACGUAGAAGCACAAGAAACGCUAGAAACACAAACGAAAUCAAGUACAACUCAAAUGGAUACUUCUGAGGAUAUAUAG